AAUUAAAUGUAUUUUAUCACGCUUAUAAGGCACUACUUUGGAUUAGCUCUUGGAUGUAAUUACGAUGCACGAAAACAGUGUUUUCAAGCUGAUAUCUCAGAUAUUAAGUAAGAUAAGUGACCCUAUUGAGGAUAGUAUCUUUGUAGCAAUGUGACAAGUAAUCGCCAGAGUCUUUCGCCAACGGCUUCUUACAUACAUACUAUAAAAUCUAAAAGGCUGGAUCAGACUAUGAAUGUCUCAAAGGGAUUAUAUGUUACAUUAUAGUUGCCAUACACUAGGGUCUAGUCUGUGUAGUUUAUAAUAGAGCACCUAGGAGGAGAUCAGCCCUGUGUAUUGUAAGGAUUGCUGGGAAUAUUGGAUCAUCUCAGGCGCUAGGUCAUUAGGCAUAUCAACUGAUAUAGGUAUAUAGCAGAACUGAUAAGGAUCAAUUUUAUGGAAAGUGGAACCUUGCUUUUAAAGUUAUAGAGACAAACGGAGAUUAACCAACGAGGCACGGCUAGUUGCUACUGAUAAACCGCCCAAAGAUGCGCUUAAAGAUGAAGGAAACCACGAAGCAGCGGAAGAUAUCGUUGAGGACGCUUUUAGGCACGUCGAGAGUAUUUACGUCGGCGAAGGUGAACUAACGUGACGUUUUCAACCGACAGCAUGGACAUCUUGUCUGACAAUUCUGAAAGUCGAGAAUAUAUAUUGCACCAUAAAAUUCUCCAGUGACGAACCCAAAAACUGUAUAUCUUACAUCAGACUUGGAUUGAGAGAUAGAGAAAGAGAAGAUGGCAACGAACUAUUGGAAAACAAUGGAAUUAUUCCUAUUAAUAUUUUUGUGUCUGAACCAUUCCACUUUACAAUGUGGACCAGGGAGAGGGCCGGGUCGACCGAGAGGCUCUUAUAAAUUAAUUCCACUAGUCUUUAAACAACAUGUCCCCAAUGUGUCAGAAAACACCUUAGGGGCCAGUGGGUUGCCAGAAGGAAAAAUAUCCAGAAAUAGUCCCAAAUUUAAGGAUUUAAUAACGAACCAUAACACGGAUAUUAUAUUCAAAGACGAAGAAAAUACGGGAGCAGAUAAAAUGAUGUCUGAGAGAUGCAAGGACAAACUCGAUACUCUGGCCAUCUCCGUCAUGAACCAUUGGCCAGGUGUAAAGCUACGAGUCACAGAAGCGUGGGACGAGGACGGCGUUCAUGCCAAGGACUCGCUUCAUUAUGAGGGUAGAAGUGUAGACAUUACCACAAGUGAUAGAGAUAGGUCAAAAUAUGGAAUGCUGGCAAGACUAGCUGUUGAGGCUGGUUUCGACUGGGUAUACUAUCAAUCUAGAGGGCAUAUUCAUUGUUCAGUAAAAUCAGAUUCAUCAAUAGCGAUCAAAUCAGGUGGCUGUUUCCCUGGUACAAGCCUCCUUACAACAAAAGAUGGCAGCACAAAGACAAUGUCUGACCUUCGACCCGGGGACAAUGUUUUGACAGUGACCUCUAGUGGGGAGCUAGUAUAUUCCCCGGUUAUAUCCUUCCUCGAUAGGGACAAGUCCCAGCCAAAUUUGUAUUAUACUUUACAUACUGAAAGUGCCAAAUCUAUCACUUUAACACCAAGCCAUUUAAUAUAUGUCUCCCAGAACAAUAACACCAAGACAGUAAAUCCUAUAGAAGAUGGUGUUGCAAAAUUUGCCAUGGAUGUGCGAGAGGGUCAAUACAUUUAUAUCACAGACAAUGGUAAAUUAAAACUAGAGCGAGUCAUACAUAUGGAGCAGAGCUCCAGGAAAGGAGGCUAUGCCCCUAUUACUGCGCAUGGAACAAUAGUAGUUGACGGGGCGUUGGCGUCUUGCUACGCUGUUGUCAACAGUCACAAUGUGGCCCAUUAUGCUUUAACUCCACUGAGACUUUACCACUACAUCACAGAAUGGCUCCAUUGGAGUCACUCACACACAAGUACGUUAGAGACAGGGGUGCAUUGGUACGCUAAGUUGCUGUAUGACAUUUCACCAUGGGUGAUGAACAGUAAUAUGAUGUUUAACCCAUGAAAGCUCCAAAUGAUAACUGAAGAAUCACAAUGAACAUCACAGAGCUCACCAAUGUACUCGGUACAAAAGUGGAUUUCACUAUAAAGCGCCAGUAUAUCCUUGGGUCCAAGAGAGAAGAGAUCAGAGCUUGGCAUUAAAUGUGAACGUGGAUGAGUUCAGUAGGCCCAUUGCUGGCCACAUUAAUAUCAUUCUCGGUUGCCAAACACACCAAACACUUGACUUGCAUCAGCCAUUAAUUGGUUCUUGAUGCAACUGGGACCUAAAUGAACUUCAGGAUUAGGUCUCGAGUACUGUAGUUAGUCGUAUGCAUAAUGUGCACGUUUUGUUUGGACACAAGAAAAAUUGGAAAUAUGUAGGUAUCACAUUUUUUGUGACAUGCACGAGUAUUAAGUACAACUCUAUAAACAUUCCUUAACAUUCAUAGAAAACACGUAAUAUACACAAUUCAACGAAUAUGUUCAAGUAAAAUCAUAAACGUUCUCAAAUAUCUAUACAUAUGUUAACUGUUUUAAUACAUCUAGCAUACAUUACAUUCCGUGUUGUACAUUCUUUAAAUUUACAAAUCUUAUUGUGUGCUUUGCUUCUAACUUAUGUCGCUUUAUUGUAAUAAGUGUAAUUCAUGUACAGGGUGUCAAACAUAUUUCUAUCGAGUCUUGUACACG